AUGGUGGAAGAACAUCGAAUCGUCCUUCGUGAUAAGGAGCCAGUGCACACAAAACCAUACCCCUCCCCCUGCGUUGUGGUCAAGAAGAAAGAAGGACACAUCAGGAUCUGCGGGGAUUACCGUCGCGUUAACGCAGCUACUCAGUUCGAAGCGGAACCAAUAGAGCAGGAAGAAAACCACCUUCAAGGUCCCCUGUCGAUUGUAUCAAUACAAGGUGCUACCCUUUGGAUUAACGAACUCUCCUCAGUCUUCAAUCGGUACAUGCGUCAGGUACUUGGAGAUAUUUCGGGAGUAGAAAUCUUUAUGGAUGACGUUCUCAUACACUUGGCUGAGCACCAUAAGCUUCUGAACUCUUGUCUCGAGGCGUCCAGCGUCACAUCUGCUUGGCUUGCCUCUUGCCGGUGCGUGUCAAACGAACCUCGGCGUCUGCUGGUCUCUGUGUCCUCGUGUCCAAAGUGCACCGCCAUGGCCCUAUAUCCUGACAGCUCAUGGGAAUCUCCAGCACUUGAAUACACGCAGAGACCCUUCCAGACUCUUGAUAUCUAUGCCUGGAGCCCGCAGGGCCUCGACCAGAACGCCGUGGAUCUCUGCUCCUUCAGGAACACCACUGGCGUCCUUCUGCUCCAAUUCUCCUUACAGGAUUUCUGCACGCUCGUUGGAGACGACGUCGGCAGGCUGUUCUAUCAGGAUUUUCGGGCUCAGAUUAAGAAGAGGCGAGCUAACUAUAUGGAGAGUCCUCAAGACGGCUAUACCUCUCACUACGGGAUGUAUUCCACCUCCGACCGCGAUAACUACUCUUCUUGGACGUACACGACCGACGACAUCCGGGCUCUAGACCAGUAUAUACCCGAGGAAGUGGUCGAGGACAAUGCACAGGGUUUCGAGUUACCGGGACAGCUGAUGCCUGUUAAGUAUGGUGAACACCCCCACUUCAACCAACCAGUGGACAUAGCAAGAAGCGAGGCGACACAACCUGUACUAGACGUAACGACGGGUGGCUGAUGGGUGUAGCGCCGAAGAAGGCGCGGUGGCGUCGCUCCUCUAUCCGAUUACGAGCCGGAGGAAGCGCACCCGGGGCCCCAAAGUGUGGGAGUUCCUCGUGCGUCUCCUCCUGGACCCCAGCACUAACCCUUCGCUGAUCGCCUGGGAGGACAGAGAAGCCGGCACCUUCCGUCUGGUGGAGAAGGAGAAGAUCGCUGCCCUGUGGAUAAAGCGGUCGGGAAGCGGGAGUCUGUCGUAUUCCAACUUCGCUCGUACGAUCAGACACCACUACGGGACGGGGAACAUCCUGCCGACGGACCGCCAGCUCGUCUUCGGCCUGGGAGCUGCGGCCUGGGACUACCUGAACAGACUCCGGCAAGAUGGCAGCGCCUUCGAGGAGACCAACCCGACCCAAUGAUCGAGUCUGGAAUGAGGGCAAGAUACUGUUUCUUUUGGAAUAACUUGGCUGUGACACAUAGGAUUAGGAUGCGAACCAUUGUUAUUGUAUGUCAUUUGUUUGCUGAAAUUCAUUUCAUUAAAUGCAAUUCGAUUUUCCGUAUUUGUGCUUUGGAGAUCAGUGUUUGGCAUGAUUAUGAACUUCAUUUUUGAUAUACGCCAUUUUGAUUAUUUUUCCAAGUUAUUGUUACCAACGAUAUCCACUCUGGAGAACGUUUGAAAUCAUGAAAAAUAAUGUAUAUACCAUUGUCUUAUAGAAACUUAAUUGAGCAGUCUAGGGAUGUGGAAAGCGAGGACACUGGUUGAUUCGGUUAUAA